AAUGGCUAUCAAUAAUGGUAUGGUUGUUCACUUUAGAGUUAACUGUGAAUUUGUAUUUAAAGGGUAUUGAUAAUAAUAAGCAUAAGAUGGUCCACAACUGCUGAUGAAACAGGAUUGUUUUUUUUUGGAUGUCUUAUUGUAAUGUUUUAUUGUAUGCUACAUAUGAAUCUAUACACUGUUAAGUUAAUUUUACCAAAAAAGUAAGACACUUUUAUAUAUUAAAAGUUUGAUUGUUGAUAUCUGUUGGUAUUUAAUUUAUGCACUUUCAGGAAUUAUGGUUAUGUAAUUAAUUAUGACAAUGAAUGGAUGGGUCAAUGUGGCUGUUAUUAUAGGAUGCACAAUAGGAUAUUCAAUAUAAGAAUCUUGGUCAUAAAUUUAUGAAAAAGAAAAUCAAGCACCUCCAGGUGGAUGUGAAUUUUGUAAUUGAG